AUGGUGAGUAGAAAGAAAAAACCACGAUCAGUCGAAGAUCGGAUAAGCCACUUACCUGAUCACUUGAUAUCUGAAAUACUUACUCGUCUUUCUACUAAGGAUGCUGUAAGAACAAGUGUUUUAUCCACUAGAUGGAGAAAUCUUUGGCAAUUGGUUCCUAUAUUGGAUUUAGACUCCCGAAGUGAGUUCCGGUUGUUUAGCGAGUUUGUGAGUUUUGCUGGCAGGUUCUUUGAUUUCCACAAAGACUCAUGCGUACAAAAACUACGUUUAACUACUUAUGAUCCCGAUGAUAAGUCCUAUCUCACCUCAUGGAUAGAUUUUGUGACUAGGCGUAGGAUUCAACAUCUUGAAAUUAAUGUUGUUAGCUGUUACUAUAGCUUCGGUGACAUACCCCUGAGCUUGUAUACUUGUGAUACACUGGUACACUUACAACUGUAUCGACUCACCAUGGUUAACGUCGGCUGUGUUUCCUUACCUUGUGUGAAGAUCCUCCAUUUAAAGUAUAAUCACUAUCCUAACGAGGCCAUUUUGGAGAAACUUAUCUCAGGUUCCCCAGUUCUAGAAGAUUUGACCAUCAUCAGAAGUUCGACUGAAAACGCAAAGGUGUUACAAGUGCGUUCUAAGACGCUAAAGAGAAUCCACGUAAACGAGUUUGUCCAUGUUGUCAUUGAUGCUCCUCUUCUCCAGUGUCUAAAGACAAACCUCCAUUUGACAAAAAACAUCACGAUCACCAAUUCGGGUUUCCCAGCCAAAGUAGAUAUUGACUUUGGUGGUGCGCAUGAUGUGGGGGAUCCAAAUGGCGUAUCCAAGAGAAAAGUGAUUCGUGAUAUCCUCACUGAUAUUUCAAGGGUCAGGGAGCUAGUUAUAAGUUUGUAUUUUUGGAAGGACAUCUUUCCAAGUUUCGCACCUGGACCGUUGCUCCAUUUUUCUUACUUGUCCAGAUUGACCGCUACAUUUUGUGACUCCGAUCUAUGGAUGUUGCCAAAUCUUCUUAAGAGCUGCCCAAAACUAGAAUCUCUUAUCUUGAGAUUGUCUGCCAACCGCCUUUAUAUACGUGGUACGAAGAAUAAUGAACCAAAGUUCACGUUUCACACGGUAGUGAUCCCGUGUGUGGUAUCAUCGCUCAAGUUUGUGGAAUUGAAAAGUCCAAUCGUAGGGUAUGAAGGAGAAAUGGAGCUAGUAAGAUACUUCCUGAAGAAUUCAACAAUCCUCGAGAAAAUGAGUGUGACAUUUUCUGGUUAUCUAAGGAGGAAAAGGGUAAAAGCCACGGAUGCCAUCUUCAAAGAACUCCUUGCAAUGCCAAGAUCAUCUAGCGCUUGUCAACUACUUGUUGUUUAA